CCAUGUCAGUCCUGGGGCAUCUUUAGACCCACCCAGCAACAGAAGGCCUUUAGUCUCCUCCUCUCACAAUAGUAUAGAUGUGCAGGUGAGAGUUUCCACUUAUUACGUUGCCUCAGUGUUGUCAGCAGGAAGCAAAGGGGGGAGGUGAGAGGGAGCAACAGAGAAAGAAAACGCCAGGGAGAGAGAGCUCAUUUACUUCAACGACAGCUGACAAAAAACCCUGCAGAGUGCACCUCAGGCUGGACAAAGAGCUCUCUCCCUUUCUGCUAAUGUGAUAAUGGCCUCUACCAGUCUGGCAAAAGACACAGGCUUCACAGGUAGGCCUAUGCUGCGCCUCCUCCUAUUAGGACUACUUCUGCCAGCAGUAUUAGUGUCAGGCCAAAUAACCACCCCUGGAACAACCACAGCAGCUUCUACCACCCCGUCCCCCACAACCACCACCACCACCUCCGGAACAACUGCAGCCUCUACCACCCCGUCACCCACAACCACCACCACCACCUCCGGAACAACGGCAGCCUCUACCAGCCUGCCCCCCAUCACCACCACUGGGGGCACAACAACCAGCCAGGCUUCAUCCUCUACCACUUCUGGAGCUGCAGCAACCUCAACCACCACCCAGUCAGCCACCACUACAGGUACUGCAAUCACCACCACCACCCAGUCAUCCUCUACCACCACCUCUGGAGGCUCAGUAUCCACCACAACCACUCCAUCUCCCACAACUACUCCUACCUCUGGAGGCACAACAAGCACCAUUACUGCUCAGUCACCUAAUACCAACACUCAGUCAUCCUCCACCACCACCUCUGGAGGCUCAGUAUCCACCACAACCAUUCAGUCUCCCACAUCUACUACCACCUCUGGAGGCACAGCAAGCACCACCACCGCUCAAUCAUCCAACACCAACACUCAGUCAUCCUCCACCACCACCUCUGGAGGCUCAGUAUCCACCACAACCAUUCAGUCUCCCACAUCUACUACCACCUCUGGAGGCACAGCAAGCACCACCACCGCUCAAUCAUCCAACACCAACACUCAGUCAUCCUCCACCACCACCUCUGGAGGCUCAGUAUCCACCACAACCAUUCAGUCUCCCACAUCUACUACCACCUCUGGAGGCACAGCAAGCACCACCACCGCUCAAUCAUCCAACACCAACACUCAGUCAUCCUCCACCACCACCUCUGGAGGCUCAGUAUCCACCACAACCAUUCAGUCUCCCACAUCUACUACCACCUCUGGAGGCACAGCAAGCACCACCACCACCGCUCAACCAUCCAACACCAACACUCAGUCAUCCUCCACCACCACCUCUAGAGGCUCAGUAUCCACCACAACAAUUCAGUCUCCCACAUCUACUACCACCUCUGGAGGCACAGCAAGCACCACCACCGCUCAGUCAUCCAAUACCAACACUCAGUCAUCCUCCACCACCACCUCUGGAGGCUCAGUAUCCACCACAACCAUCCAGUCUCCCACAACAACUGCCACCUCAGGAGGCACAGCAAGCACCACCACCACCGCUCAACCAUCCAACACCAACACUCAGUCAUCCUCCACCACCACCUCUGGAGGCACAGUAAUCACGCCUACCACUCAGUUCCCCACAACCACCACUGGCUCAACAGCCAUGACCAUGUCCAGCACCACCACGAUGACCUCAGGUGGAACCAGUUCAUCUACCUUAACCUCAAUGAUGUCCACCAGCCAGUCACCAAACACCACUGGUGACAUGAAUGUAACCACAACAUUAAAUCCUGUCACAAUAUACUGCCCCUCAUUCAUGUGUAACUACUCAGACUGCUACAGAAUGUACAACAGUCAGAAUACCACUUCGUGUGUUGCUGGUUCCGCCUGUCAGCUGUUUAAGCAGACAGACAUGUCCUACACUGUUGGCUGCAGCGCUUCUUGUGCUAGUGACUGUGUCAACGCCUCUCAGACCAACUGCUCUGUGAACUGCUGCCGUUCUACUGGCUGCCUCAGGGGCAGCUUUGAAUCCAUGAUGAUGACAACAACCACAGCAAUACCGACCACAACCACAACAACAACGACAACAACAACAACAGCCGUACCAGUCAGUACAAUUCCAGCCACCACUCCAGCAAAUAAUGGAAACAAAUGCUAUCAAGGUGUAUGCACUGGCCCAACUUGCUACACAGAUUUUAAAACAAAACUCGAAACAUGCUCCUCCUCACAGCCACACUGUCAGCUUAAAAAGGAGACUCUCCAAGAUUCCAAUAUCCAGUGGACAGCAGGUUGCACCACCAACUGUUCUGGCCAAACCCCAUGCAAGGCCAGUACAAACCCUCCAUGUCAUCUAGAGUGCUGCAACGCCACUUCGACCCCCUGCCUUUGGUUGAAUGGUACACUGAAUGUCCCCUCUUUUGCCACAAGAGGUCCUUAUCUUCACACAGAAUUGAUUGCUUGCUUACUUUGCUUGUUUGCCAUCAUGUUAAUGCUGUGAGUAUGAGCUUGCUCAGCUCCAGUGUGGAUUGUUAGGUAACCAGAGCUUUGUGUAACUCCCAGUCCCUUCAGCAAUAAAGCUUAGCUGUGCAGAGGUUAACACUACUUUAUUUACACCCAUUUAUCUCAGUGAUAUUCAUAUGUGAUUGUAUUGUAUAUAUGUAUGGAAUUAUGUAAAGCUUCAUUUAUAAUAUUAAUAUUUUGGUUUUUAUUGAAACUUCCCAAUCAUGUUUUAUUUCUGUUUCAAGACCAAUGAAAAUGGCUUUGAACAGUAUUUCUAAAUGAAAAAAUACAUCAACUUCAGGAAUGAGGUGUUGUCUUCAUAAUCAACAAAAUAAUAUAUUAAAACAAAAUGAAGUUUUAAGAAAUUAUUUUAAAUUCACUAAACACCUUGUAAUUUGUUUUAGCCAUGACCUUGCCCAUAAUUGUGGUUGCAUUCAAGUGCUGUCUUCUUAAAGAAAUCCAAAAACAGCCUUUGCUUGUGAACUUCCCACUUUCAACUGAUUGAAGACAAAAUUCUAAUUUUGGAUGGGUAUGUGAGCCUAAACACAACAUUUCUGUUAACAUGAUUAUAAAAUGUUUUAUUACCUAAACCUCUCCACAGAUUAUCAUCUCUUCAAGCCAUCAUGAGAAUAACACAGCUAUGACUCUAUAUGCACUUUAUAAAAUACAAAUGUUGAGCUGUUACAGGGUGUUGUGAAGGUUUCCUGGGGCAUUUCUGUAGAUGUAAUUAUAACGAAAUGUGCAAUUCUGUACUUUUGGCUCCUUUUUGUCCAAUAUUUUUGUGAAUCGUGAGUUGGAUGUUUAUGUGGUUUACAAAGUAUAUUUUUUGGUAUAAUGGUGUCAUGUAAAUGUUAAAUUGAAAGUAGUGUCAUUUUAUUGUAGUUUUUAUGUCCUGUAAAAUAUGAUUAUGCCUGAAGAAAUAAAUCUAAAUGUCUUUGCCAUAUUUGCAAAGG